AUGUGGUUUUACAUCUGGGGCCCAAACGAAAACCCCGCCUCCCCGAACUCGGAGGGCACCACCAGCGUUGGGCCCCUGGACCCCCCGACGCCCCCGUGGUGCGGGGGUCCCUCCGGGGGUGGUAGGGGCCCCCCCUCCCACGACCCACAAAAAAGCAGCAGCGCCCCGGGCCCCCAAAAGCCCCUCCUCCUGUUGUUAGGGGGCCCCCCUGGCCCUCCUCGCCUGCUGCUGGAGGACCUCCUCGCAUCCGGGGGUUUUAAAUUGUAUAAGGCCUACGGGCGUACCCGCCCCCCUUUCGCCGGUGCCCCAGGCUCCCGUGGCCCCCCCUCUCCAGAAAACCAUCCGGGGGAACCCGUCCAUCGCGAGCACCGUCACCCGCCCAAGCCGGGUUCUCGAACUUUCCCCGAAGUAGGCGUUUUUAGACCUUCCCUGCCGGUAAACCCCCGUCCUCUUUCGGUGAACAUGAGCUCCCACAGGUGGUGGGGCCCCGAGGCCGUGCAUGGAGGGCGGCCAGCAAGGGAACCGCCGGGGCGAGGCACCCGCCGUGCGUCGUGA